CAGAUCGCUUCCGUAUUGACGGGGCUUGUGUUGUGGUGUUUUGUGUAGUGAAAAAUCUCGAUCAUAAGGAAAUUGCUGGAUGUUUCUCCCUAAUUUUUGCUUUUUCUGCCAAUCCAGGGACUUGUAGGGAACGAUUGAGCAAUAUUCCAGAUCGACUUCACCCCUCUCCUUCGUCAUCCAUCCGUCCACUAUCUAACCACCAUGGGUAGGUUGCCUGUCGGUCAGCCUACUGCCCACGUCUCGGCCACCCAGGGACCGGACGCUGACAUCAUGAAGUUCUAUUCCACUUCGUACGCCACCUCCUACGGGGCCAAGCACGAGCCGUUCGUGCCUCGGACGACGAAGCACGUCGGGACUGGAUAUCAGUCAAACUUCAGGCCGGGAGUCUACUACAGUCAACGCCUUGAUGAGGUCGAUAACCCUGCUAUGGGGAGACUCGUUAGUGACAACUAUCACUCCAUCACAACAAAGCAUUUUCAGCCGUCGAUACGAUCAGACGGCAAGGAUCGAUUCCCUGAGAAUCUAAACCAAGUCAAGAGUGGUUUCACCCAACAGGAUCCUAUCACAUACCCAACGGUUGGACAAGUUAAGAAAGUAUUUGUCAACACACGGGACCACGGACUUGCCCUCAAGAUAAAUGGAGUUUUACCCAAACACCGCCCUCUCUUGUACAAGCUUCAAGCGAAGGAUCCGGUCUCCCUGGAGAACGCAGGGCACGGGCCAAACUUCAUGAGUACAGAGGGCAGGACCAGAUUCACAGGAAGGCCAUCAGAGAGGAAGGAUUGUUCAACUCUGACCGUGGGUCCGAAGGAAGGGUCUGGCUACACUCAUGCUUACAAUGUAGAACCAAUCUCAUUCCAUCCUGGCUCACCAUUCAAAAAUGACAUACCUGGAACCUGGACUGGCAGACCGACGGGAACUAGCGUCAUGAAGACGAGCUUCCUUCCAUCACAACGACCAGCGGGAGAUGAGAGACUACCCAUCAUCACGAACCGUUCUGAUCACGAGACCGGCUUCACCCACGAGAAGGCCAAACCCCUGUACGUCAAUCGCGUCAUGACAGACGCCUACACGAAACGGGACCAGGUUCCGAGCCGGGUCGAGGACCGCAUCAAAAAGGAGGAUCCGGCCGAGUACCUGAACAUGACGAAUCCAGACAACCACUCGAGCAUCUUCAAGAAGUCGUUCGAGGGUCAGCAGAGACCGUCGCCGAGCGCCAACGAGAAGCAGGGCAGGUUCUUUGUCGGUAACAAGGAGAUGUCCGGAUACAGCGAUAACAACGACAAGCCACAAGUGCAGAUCCCCAUUGAGCCAUACAGAUGGAUAACCCACUACGAUACCAAGUUCUACGACAUGAACCCCAAGGGCAAGGCCCGAGCCGGAAGGACCUUCGGAGGCGUGAUGAAACAGCUUCCGGACGGAUUCACCAAGAGUACCUCGGUCCACUCCUACGGCCCCGCCCUGGACACCACCCAACAGCUGAGAGACCUACAUCCUUAUGUUGCAAGGAGCAUCAAGGCCCGAGACGUCUUCUUUGAUGACCACACCCACGAUGCCAAGAAACAUGUGACCAUCAACCCUAUCCCACAAGUCCUUGCAGCUUCCUGUUAACUUCUGCCAUCGUCAGUUGACAUGUCCCAUGAUAUAAAUAUUUACCCCCCCCUCUUUUUUAAAGAUUUGAUCCCCCCUUUAAUAGAUAUAUUAAAAAAGGUGUCUUCUUUGAAUGCAUUAAGAUUUUUAAAAUGUGAAUAAAAAGCUCCUAUUAUAUGACCCUAUUUCAGAUAGCUUUUUAACAAAUACCUAUUGGCCUAUAUUCUCAAAAGAGGUUUUAAUCAAAACCAUGGACUAUUACAGAUUUCUUGUACUUCAUUACAAUUAUUUAAUCGGGU